AUGGCGACGGCGGCAAAUACAGCAGAACCCUGGUCCCCCGCAGUCCGGGGCAGCUCCCUGCGUGUCGAUGUCGCGGAGGUGCUGGAGGACAGCAAGGCGGCGCUGCAGCUGGUGCUGGAGGCGACUCCUGGGUGGGGACCGGAGGCGGCGGCCGCCGCCAGGGUGGAGCAGGUGAGCGGCGCGAUGACCAACCUGGUGUACCGCUGUACCUCGCCAGCCGCGGCCGCCAACGCCACCGUCAUCGUGCGCGUGUUUGGCACCGGCGGCAAGCUGUUCAGCCAGAAGGACGAGCGCAACAUCUUCCUGCUGGCUUCCGACCUGGGACUGGGGCCCAAGUGCCUGGUGGAGUACGGCAACGGGCGGGUGGAGGAGUUCCUGCCGGGGGACAACCUGAGCUGCGACAGCAUGCGGGCCCCUGCCACGUCAGCAGCCAUCGCCGCAGCCCUGGCCGUCUUCCACGUCCGCAUGCUGGCCCGGCUGCCCGCGGCGCAGGGUCUGGCGGCAGCGCCGGGCAUGGCGGCACCCGGUGCAGGCGGCAGCGGGAUCGGGGAUGCAGGCGGCAGCGGGAGCGGAAAGGGCACAAGCGCAGACGGUCGGGCGCAGCAGGCGGCGCCCGCGGGGCUGCGGCCGGCCAUCUACGACCGGAUACAGCAGUGGUAUGCGGCGGCACAGGAGGUGUGCGGCGCAGAGCUGAAGCAGCUGGGUCUGGCCAACAUUCCAGAAGAGCUGGCAGCCCUGGAGGCACACCUGGCGGCAAGGUACCCCGCUUGGGUGGGCUUCUGCCACAACGACCUGCAGUACGGAAACAUGCUGCUGUUUGGCAGCAGUACAGGUGGUACCGCCAGCAGCGCUGCGGAUGCGGCCACAGCAGCAGCAGCAGCAGCAGCAGCAGCAGGAACAGCAGCGGCGGCGGCGCAAGAAGGAGGGGCAGCGGCAGGAGUAGGGACUGCGGCAGCUGCGGCAGACGGUGGUUCGCCAGCAGCCAACGGUGCAGCAGGGGAGGGAGAUAGCCCCGGCGAGGCUGCGGCCGACGCAGACGGCGCCGGCGGCAAGGCUUCCGAUGCCGACGGCGGCAGCGCUGCGGGCCCUCUCUCCAUCAAGCUCAUUGACUAUGAGUACAGCACCCUGAACGACGUGUCCUAUGAUCUGGCCAACCACUUCUGCGAGUGGGCCUACAAUUACCACUCAGAUGAGGCGCACCUGUUCCGCGACGACCGCCUGCCCUCCCAGGAGCAGCAGCUGCACUUCUGCCUCGCCUACGUGCGCGCCAUGCGGGCGCACGUGGCCGCAGCCGGCGCCGCCGCCGCCGACCGCCCCGCCAAGCGCCGCGCCGUGGGCGGCUCUCCCGAGCCGGAGCUGCCCGGCCCCGGCGCGGGCCUGGCCACGCGCAUCCUGGCCGCCGGCGCCGCCGGCGGCGCGGGCCGGGACGGCGGCGCGGCGGGGGACGCGGCGGCGGCGGCGCUGCUGCUGCGCAAGGCGCAGGCGCACCUGCCGCUGGUGCACCUCAAGUGGGGCCUGUGGGGGUUGAUCCAGGACCAGAUGUCUGACGUGGACUUUGACUACCUUGCGUACGGCAAGCAGCGCAUUGAGCGGUACCACGCCACCAAGUGCGCGCUGCUGGGCCAGUAG